AUGAACGGGAAUCAAGACUCGGUCACAAACGGAGUUUGGGGCAGGAAUACCAUCUCUGUUAUCGGUGGGAGUUCCCAAAAUGAAAAGAAUAUAAUCACGAAAUGCAUUAUUGGCCAGUCCUUUCUUAGUGUACGGCAAUACUUUUCAAAGCCAGAAGUUCUCCCGCCUACUGUGAUGUCGUUUGGGAUAUUCUCGUCUUUCAUCCGUGCUGUCCUCGGAAUACAGCAAUCGUUAAUGACAAGAAAUUUCCUAAACCUAUCGAAUGUCUUGAAAUCACUCAUGAUCAGACAACCACUCGUAUACUCUUCACAACGUAGAAUUGCGAUAGUCUUCAUUUUGACGCGCUUUCAGCAUAAUCAAUUGGCAUUAAGCCUCAGAACGUAUCUGUGCCACCUCCUAGAAUCACGAGAAGUCCAAUUUGCUCACGGAUUGAUUGGGUGGUUCGUUCAGAUAUAA